AUGAUCAGUCAUCUCUAUCCUGCUGUUCCCACCACAUUCGAUCCUCACGAGUCCUACUACGACGCCUCGCGUAUGUCCCACCACUACUACAACCCAGAAGACACUUCGGGCAAGCUGCCACCGCCCGUCAACAUGUUUGCCAUGCCCCAACACCACCACUACGCCGCCUACGCGCCCGCUCCGGCUCCUAGGCAAUACUCGGGAACCAGCAGCGCAUUUAGCGCUUCAGCCAACCCGGAUGAGGACUGGACCAAGAUUUCCGACCUUGCCGAGCGCAGGAGGAUACAAAACCGCAUUGCCCAGCGCAACUACCGCAAGAAGCUCAAGAGGAGACUGGAGGACCUCGAGAGGCGUGCCGGAUCUUCGGACGGUGCUUCGACCGACGGCAACGAGAAGAGCACAAUCACCACAACCUCCAAGGCCAGCACCAAGAGCGGCAGCAAGGCUCGCUCUCCAAAGAAGGCCGCAAAGCAGCAGUCUUCACCACCGCCUGCUGCUCUCUCGCCUCCCAAGACCUACCCCGAGCAAUUUACUCCUCCCAUGAACCCUGAUGAUGAGCUUCUGUUCGCACAGCCGUAUGCAUCAGAGCAGCGGGACCGCAGCCACAGCCCGCCCUCGCUGUUUUACACCUACCCGCCCCCUGAGGACAUGAUGCUCCCAUACGGCGCCACAACUUCUCCGCCUUACACGACCGGCGAAUACUUGGUGCCGACAACGGUCCCGGUUACUUUGCCUCCAAUGACACACUUCAGCGAUGCCAUCAAGCGGGAGCCUAGUUAUGGCGAGGAGAUGUCGCCCUACAUGGGCAACUAUGGCUACAUGCCGGGGAUCGAAGUCAGCCAAGCCGCGCCAUACGACAACUCGAAUCCUCAUACACCACCAUUGUCGCACGGAUUCGACCACUCAACCAGCUGCUCAGACUCUGGUUACGAGUAUCCGACCACUCCUUUAUCGAUGCCUGCUUCUCCGGGCAUGAUCCAGCAAUAA